UCGUCUUCUUCUUCUUCUUCUUCGUCUUUCGACUUCUCUCUCUCAAACCAUCGCCCCCCUUAAGCAGAGAAGAGCCCUUCGAGUUCGAGGAACCAAUUAAGAAACCACAGGUCGACAACAUGGAGAACAUAGAUAUUCCAGAGGACGCCAACGAGCAUUGCCCAGGUCCUCAAUCGGAAACUGCUGGAAAGUCAGAUUCUUGUGCAGGUUGCCCUAAUCAGGAAGCUUGUGCUACUGCUCCUAAGGGACCUGAUCCAGAUUUGGUUGCCAUAGCUGAGAGAAUGAGCACUGUUAAGCACAAGAUUCUGGUUUUGUCUGGCAAAGGUGGAGUUGGUAAGAGCACUUUCUCAGCUCAGCUCUCGUUUGCCCUGGCGGGUAUGGACCAUCAAGUAGGUCUGAUGGACAUUGAUAUAUGUGGUCCAAGCAUUCCAAAAAUGUUAGGUCUUGAAGGGCAAGAGAUUCACCAGAGUAACCUUGGUUGGUCCCCGGUUUAUGUGGAAGACAACCUUGGUGUCAUGUCCAUAGGUUUCAUGCUCCCUAACUCUGAUGAGGCUGUGAUCUGGAGAGGCCCACGCAAGAACAGCCUUAUCAAACAGUUCUUAAAAGACGUCUACUGGGGAGAAAUUGAUUACCUCGUGGUUGAUGCCCCACCAGGAACCUCAGAUGAACACAUCUCCAUCGUCCAGUACCUUCUACCCUCGGGAAUUGAUGGUGCCAUCAUUGUCACGACACCUCAGGAAGUCUCUUUGAUUGAUGUCAGGAAAGAAGUGAGCUUUUGCAAGAAAGUUGGAGUCCCUGUGCUAGGAGUCGUAGAGAACAUGAGUGGUUUGUCUCAACCGUUGAAGGAUGUCAAAUUCAUGAAGCUGCUGACAGAAACUGGCUCCUCCAGUGACGUAACCCAAGACGUAAUCUCUUGCCUAAGAGAACAUGCACCAGAGCUUCUCAACAUCGUGGCUUGCAGCGAAGUGUUUGACAGCAGCGGAGGUGGUGCAGAGAGAAUGUGUCGGGAAAUGGGAAUACCAUUUCUUGGGAAGGUUCCUUUGGAUCCACAGCUUUGCAAAGCAGCUGAACAAGGUAAGUCAUGCUUUGAGGAUAACAAGUCUGUUAGUGCACCCGCGCUUAAAAGCAUCAUAGAGAAAGUUGUUCCUUCGACAGUGAUGACCGAGUGAAGUAGAAGAAGAAGAAGAAGUUAAUCAUUUUAACACUUUUGGUCAGUUCUGUGAACAGACAAUGCUUUUAUCUUUUCUUUUCGGGGUUGUGGUUAAGUUAUAGGCUGUUUGUGUAAGUUACAGGCGUUGUUUUGUUUCACAUGUCGACUAAGACUUUUAUAAUGAGGUUGAACCCAUAAAGUCUUGUUGAGUUUAGAUGAA